CUGAGGAGCCCAAAGCCUACAUGGAAAGAGAGAAUCAGACUGCUAUCACAGCAUUUGUUCUCCUGGGACUGUCUGGCCUUCCAGAACUACAGGCCUUGGUGUUUCUUGUAUUCCUAAUGAGCUACAUAAUUGCACUGACAGGAAACCUGUUCAUCUUUACCUUGACAUUGGCAGACCCUGCCCUCCACACACCCAUGUAUUUUUUCCUCAGGAAUUUGUCCUUCCUGGAGAUCUCUUAUACCUCGGUAACCCUCCCAAGGAUGCUGGCCAACCUCCUCUUGGAGGAUAAAACCAUCUCAUUCACUGGCUGUGCCAUACAGAUGUAUUUCCUUCUAUUUUUCGGGGGCACAGAAUGUUUCCUCCUGGGCGUCAUGGCAUAUGACCGCUACGCUGCGAUAUGCCAUCCCUUACACUACCCAUGCAUCAUGAAUAAUGUGAGGUGGACAGUGCUGGCUGCUGUGUCAAGGCUCAGUGGUAUAUUCAUGUCCUUUGGCCAAACCUCAGUCAUUUUUAUCUUACCUUUUUGUGGCUCCUGUGAAAUCAAUCAUUUUUUCUGUGACAUCCCCCCAAUCCUGAAGCUGGCCUGUGGAGACACCUUUCUGAUUGCAAUUGUAGUCUUUAUCAUUGCUCUGGUAUUCAUAACUUUUCCAUUUGUCUUGAUUUUGGUUUCCUACCUUCUUAUCAUCACUACCAUCAUGAAGAUGCCCUCAGCUGAGGGCAGGCAUAAAGCCUUCUCCACCUGCUCCUCACACCUGGUGGUGGUGACAUUGUUUUUUGGGACUGGCACUGUUAUGUAUCUGCGCCCUAAUUCUGCAUAUGCCCCAGAUAUAGACAAACUGCUCUCUCUCUUCUACAUGGUCAUUACCCCCAUGUUAAACCCUAUCAUAUACAGCGUGAGGAACAAGGAAGUGAAGGGGGCUCUGAGAAGGGUGAUAGCCAGAAUGUGCUUUCUGAACUCUGGCAGAUAAGAAUAGGACAAAUAAGGAGAAUUAUCAAAAGCCAGAAAAAAUUGACAUUUUAAUUUUUGUUGUCCUGUUGCUUUGUUUUGUUUUCUAUAAGGAGAUUUAUUUUCCCCCCAAUGCUAGGAAAUGAGUCUAGAUUUUUAUUCUGUUAGUGAAAACUUUAAAAUCUGAAAAUGUUUCUGGUUUCAAGAAAGAGGUAAUCCAAUAGGUCUUCUUUUCAAUUGCUAAUGUGUAUAAUUUUCGAACCCUCCCAAAAUGUGGCUUUAGGUUUAGGUCUGUUUAGUUUUGCUCCCCACCAAACUCCCAAACCAACCAACAA